AUGGGGGAUCGUGCCUUGAUCAUCGGGCAGAUUCAUGAGACUGUGAGAAACUUUCUCGGUAAACAUGACUCUUCGACCCCAAUUACACCACUACGAAUCGUUGGCGACACGCCGAAUAGCAUUCUUGAUCAUUCUGAAUUUCUAAAAUCAAUCAACACGAUUAUCCAGGAGGUUGAAAAUGCCGUUUCAACAUGUCGUCCGGAUGCUGGAACUCGCUGGGUUGCUGUGAGCAAGUUUGAAGGACGCCACUCCUUUUUCGUACUAGACAUCAACAAUGUUGAGUACGAUUAUGAUUCUGCUCAUAUGUGUCUUGCCAAAAUCCCUGUCUAUGUUCUUCGGUUAUCCAGAGCACCCAAAAAUUUCAGACACGAGCCCCAGGAUGAAAAGCUGGCCAACAAACUUGCACGAAUGCACAAUCUGCAUGGAAGGGAUCCACUACCUUUGUUCGACGACCAUACCCGACCUCUUGUAUACGACUCUCCCCGUGAUCUAUGGUCCAGAUAUCUCUAA